ACCGGAUGCAGGCUGCUCUCCAGUGUUGUGUUGAUUUCUAGAGAGAACAGGAAAAGAAGACUUGACAUUUGGAUAAACGUGAACAGCCUUCUCAGUGUUGUAGUGUCUGUUUCACUCCUUAACUCAAAAAUCAAAGAAAAUCGAGUUAACCUUUGAGUCAAUCAGUCCAUGGGAAAAAUCUAACAAUGUUUAGCUUUGAGGGAGAUUUCAAGACAAGACCCAAGGUAUCCCUUGGAGGAGCGAGUAAAAAGGAGGAGAAAGCAUCACUCUUGCACCGCACUCAAGAAGAAAGACGGAAAAGAGAGGAUGAACGAAGACGACUGAAGAAUGCCAUUAUCAUUCAGUCCUACGUACGUGGCUACCAGGAUUUGAAAAAACAGUAUGCCAUACAGAGGGCAAAGUUUGAUGAAUGUGCCAGCCAGACACAGUCGGGGGGAGCUCAACACACCCUGGAUGGUGCUAGUCUCUGCCUUUUAUCAAGACAGUUAAUAUUUUUCUACAGACAGAGUGUGGAUGCCCAUAGAUUGAUAUGGUUGUGCCAGAACCUGGUGAAACACAACAGCCAGUUUGUGAAGCUGUUGGUGGGCCCACAGAAGCAGACAUGUGUCUUUCAGAUCAAGAGGAUCUUAGGCUUCUGCUGCAGACUCCUGCAAAGCUGCACAGAUGACAGUUUAAACGUUGCAGUUCCCAUGCGAAUGCUAGAAAUCUUUUCUACAGAGCGAACCUAUCUUCCUGUUAUUCCAGAUGCUAAUUAUGUAGCUUCAUUACUCGAGCAGAUUUUGCACUAUAUGGUACAGAAAGGAUACUACAGAUCGCUGUAUAUUCUUGUGAAUCACAGGCUCCCUUCUAGUCUGGAGUACAGCGACUCUCCCACUAUACCCCUGGCAAGCACACUGUUAGAGCACAUCCUCAAACCUCUGCACUUUACCUACUCCUCCUGCACAACAGGCGCAAGGCAGUUUGUGUUUGCGGCUUUUACCGAGGAGUUCAUCUCUGCUCCGUUUACUGAGCAGAUCUUUCACUUCUUUAUCCCGGCACUAUCGGACUUCCGUUACUCAUUCCCAUUUGAGGCCUUUCUGAGCUCCCUCCAGGCCACUAUUGACGCUUCUUCAGCUGCACAGAGCCAAGCACCAUGGCUGUUUUACUUUGUCCUCUCUGCAGGGGAGAACCGCUUAGGCUCACUAUCAGAGGAGGGUCUCCUGUUGUACCUCCGGGCUCUGCAGACGCUGCUGCCGCUGCUACCAGUGUCAGAAAGCAGCAACAGGCCAGAAGUGAGCAGCGACUCGGAGGAUGACGAUGAUGCCGGCAUCCAGCCGCUGCCCAUGCAGGAUGACACCCGGAUUUCAGUUCAGCUGAUAACAGAGGAGUGUGUCCACAAACUGGACACUAAACAGCAGACUAACGCCCUGCUGAACUUGGUGUGGAGGGAUUCGGCCAGCGAGGAGGUCUUCACCAUGAUGGCAUCCAUCUGUCACACGCUCAUGGUGCAACAUCGUCUCAUGGUGCCAAAAGUCAGACUUCUGUACAGCUUGGCUUUCAAUGCACGCUUCCUGAGGCAUCUCUGGCACCUGAUCACUUCCAUGACAACUAAGAUGAUCACUGGCUCUAUGGUGCCGCUGUUACAGCUGAUCUAUCGAGGGUCUCCCAUGUCAUUUGAAGACUCCAACCGCAUCAUUCCUGUCUUCUAUCUCUUCAGCUCUCUCUUCAGCCACUCUCUUAUCUCUGUACAUGACAGCGAGUUUUUUGGGCAUGAAUUGGAAGGUCAGACACAGUCCUCCAUGAUGCCCUUCACACUGUCGGAGCUGGUGACUUUGUCUCGCUGUCUAAGAGAUGCGUGUCUGGGUAUCAUCAAGCUGGCCUAUCCUGAGACCAAAGCAGAGCACAGAGAGGAGUACAUGGCUGCCUUUCGUAGUGUGGGGGUAAAGACGAACACUGAGGUUCAGCAGCACAUCCAGGCUGAGCAGAAGCGCUGGGUACAGCUCUUCAAGGUCAUCACUAACUUGGUGAAAAUGGUGAAAGCUCGUGACAUCCGGCGACCCUUCUGUCCAGCAGGUCACUGGCUCUCAGAGGAGGUCAACAUCCGGGCCGAUAAGGUCACGCAGCUGUACGUCCCAUCUGCAAGACAUGUGUGGAGAACACGGAGGAUGGGCCGCAUCGGGCCACUUCAGUCUACACUGGAUGUUGGUUCAGAGCCUCCACAGCUGUCUGUGUCCGAAGAAAGACAUCUGGCCAUCCUCACAGAGCUCCCAUUUGUGGUCCCCUUUGAGGAGCGAGUGAAGAUCUUCCAGAGGUUAAUCUUUGCCGACAAACGGGACGUGCAGGGGGACGGGCCGUUCCCCGAUGGCAUCAAUGUCACCAUCAGACGCAACUACAUCUAUGAGGACGCCUACGAUAAACUCUCUCCAGAGAAUGAACCGGACUUAAAGAAAAGGAUCAGAGUCCAUCUGCUGAACGCUCAUGGUCUGGAUGAGGCGGGCAUCGAUGGUGGUGGGAUCUUUCGUGAGUUCCUCAAUGAGCUCCUCAAGUCGGGUUUCAACCCCAACCAGGGCUUCUUCAAGACAACCAACGAGGGCCUGCUGUACCCCAGCCCCGCCGCAGAGAUGCUGGUGGGAGACUCGUUCACCCGACACUACUACUUCUUAGGCAGGAUCCUCGGAAAGGCGCUCUAUGAAAACAUGCUGGUGGAAUUGCCCUUUGCAAGUUUCUUCCUGUCCAAGCUUCUGGGAACCAGUGCUGAUGUGGACAUUCACCACUUGGCUUCACUGGAUCCAGAGAUGUAUCGCAACCUACUCUUCCUCAAGAGCUAUGAGGGUGAUGUGGAAGAGCUAGGCCUUAACUUCACCGUGGUCAACAAUGAUCUAGGAGAAGCUCAGGUGGUUGAGCUGAAGCCUGGAGGCAAAGAUAUUCCUGUGACCACGGCAAACCGAAUAGCCUACAUCCAUCUGGUGGCUGACUACAGGCUCAACAAGCAGAUCAGACCUCACUGCCUGGCCUUCAGACAGGGUCUGGCCAAUGUGGUCAACCUAGAGUGGCUGCGUAUGUUUGACCAGCAGGAGAUUCAGGUGCUGAUAUCUGGGGCUCAUGUGCCAAUUUGUCUUGAUGAUCUAAAAAACUUCACAAACUAUUCAGGUGGGUAUUCAGCCACUCACCCUGUCAUCCAGAUCUUCUGGGAGGUGGUCGAAGGAUUCACAGAUGAAGAAAAGCGUAAGCUGCUGAAGUUUGUCACCAGCUGCUCCAGACCACCGCUGCUGGGCUUCAAGGAGCUUUACCCGGCCUUCUGCAUCCACAACGGAGGGAAUGACCUGGAGCGCCUCCCCACCGCCAGCACCUGCAUGAACCUGCUUAAGCUCCCCGAGUUUUGCGACCAGCACCUGAUGAGGAACAAGCUGCUGUAUGCCAUUGAGUCAGCCUCCGGGUUCGAGCUGAGCUGAGCUGUGCCUCCGAAUGUGGAUGCCACUGAAAUGGCUUCGGGGGUGAAAGACUGAAACUAGAAGAGGGGAUGCAAACUGAUGCACUGAUUUUACUGUUUGUGUGCGUGCAUGCGUGUGUGUGUGUGUGUGUGUGUGUGUGUGUGUGUUGGCACGUGUGUGUGUGUGUGUGUGUGUUGGCACGUGUGUGUGUGUGUGUGUGUGUGUGUGUGUGUGUGUGUGUGUGUGUGUGUGUGUGAGAGAGAGUGUGUGUGUGUGUGUGUGUGCGCCAAACCAAUGGUGAGAAAAUGCUCCCCCACAGACUGAAGGAAGGGGUACAAGGAUGAAGUGGCUUAGGAAGCCUUUUUUUUUUCCCUUGUUGCUUUUAAAUCAUUUGAAAUGUUUAAUCCCUUCAUAUUCUUCAGAAGAACAGCAGCUCAGCUGAAUUUUGCAGAAGAUAUUUUGUGCAUAAAAAAAAAAAAAAAAAAACCCAUCUAAACUAAAUGGACAGAUGUUUUUCACCAAAGAUUCAGUGGCAUAAUGUUUAAAAAAAAGAAAUGAAAAAGUAAAGGCAAUAUAAUAACAGACAGGGGACAGACUGUAGUCACUGUAAAGCCACUUUGUGGCGUGCCAAGGGCUGCAGAGGCCGAGGAGCUUUUGUGUACAGCCGUCAUGAAUUUUCAUGUGGAGGUCAUUGAAACGGCAGGAUUUGUGAUUUCUCAAAUUGUUAUUAUUACUAGUAUUAACCGUCUGAUAACAAUACAGUAAGUGUGCACACGCCAUCUGAAGAAUAGAGAUGGCUUCUCUUGCCGGACUACAUUUGGGAGUGGGGGGGGACAUUGGAAGGGUUUUGUGAAUAUGUAUAUGUUUACAGCUGCUCUUGUAUUCAUUUAUUCAGUAUUUGUACAGGUUUGUUUUCCCUUCGCGUGAUGAGUUUCUGUUUUCACACACGCCUGGUUUAAGGUGACACCCCCCACCCCCACCCCAGCACCUGCAAGUUUGCUUUUUGGGGAGCAGCAACUGUGUCAUGUUUGAUGAGUUUUGCAGAUGAUCAGUGUACCAACAGGGUGAAAAAAAAGUGUAUGGAAACGAAUAAACCUACUUUUCUUUUCUUUUCUUUUCUUUUGCGCAUUUCUCUUCCAUAAGUUUUCUUGUUAC